AUGGGAUGCAGCUGCAAAUGCCAAUGUGGAAGUAAAUCAGACGACCCUGCACUAGAAAUUUCACAAAUAACUAUUAAAGUAACCCUCACAUAGGUUCUCGAAGAUGAUCAAUACUCUCUAAUUUCUAAAAAACCCACAAAUUAUGCGCGAUCUCAAAAAAUUGACUCCACAAUGCAAUCCGACUCAAAGUUUUUUUCCUCUCCUGAUCUCUCUGAAAAUCGCAAUCAAUUUGACGCUAUGACUUUUCACCAAGCUUCCAACGAUCUUUCUGAACAAAUUAACUAUCAAUUUUCUGAAAACAAUCCAUAUAAUCAGAUUUCUGCGCAAACUAUUUCAGAUAUUUCUCAAGAAAACUCAUAUCAAGCUUCUAAAAAAACGCCUUAUCAAUUAUCUGAACAAGUUUCUUAUGAUAUUUCUGAACAAAUUCCUUAUGAGCAAGCUAUAAAAUCUAUAUCAAAAUUCCCUGCUUCCUUUGUAACGUUAUGAAGCUCAGAUGAUUUUUUAUUAGAAGGAGAGUUGAUGAGGUAUCGCCCAGGAAUUUCUCGCCAAUUUGUAGCUCGAUGAUGUCAAGUGACAAAUUUUGAGUUUAUGUACUUCAAAAACCAAUACUCAGCCCAAUGCUGGUUUGACAAGCCUUUAUGCCUAGUUCCGCUUUCUGAGAUAAAAAAUGUAAAAAGAGCGAAAUUCAAAGUUCCGGAAAAGCAGCAAAAAUUUAAUAAAUCCAAUAACUUGUAUAGUUUUUUCAAUAAAAGCAAUAAUAAAAAAUAGGAAAUAAUGCUUUAUAUGGAUAAAUUGAUUGGCUGCUCUAAUAACCUUAUUGUUUUAUUUUCUCGAAUUAAGAUACCAAUUCGAGAUCUUUUUGAAUGAAGAAGACCAAAUGACAGAAUUAUCGAGGCAUGCAGAUGAAAGUCCAAUCAGUCAAGUUUUGAUGCUAAAAGCAAGCGUUAACGACUUAAAACAAAGUGUAGAAAAUGGAAAACUUAUGAAAAGGCCUGUUAGAAGUGAAUCCCCAGAAAAACAAGAAAAGAAAGGAAACUCUAAGAAGGGCCAAGGCUAUGAAAGAAUAUCUUGGAGCACAAGAGAAAUUGAAUGAUUUACUGCAGAGAGAAGAUUACUUUUUAGUGCUCAGGACGAAGCCUCUUGUUUAUUGUGGAUAAGCACCAUCCAAAAUGCUAUAAAAAAUCUUAAAUAA